AAGCAGAGCUGCUCGGCGGCGCUUGAUUUUGGUCAAAAUUCUCAUAGCCUUGGUUGCGUCAAACACGAAAGUAGCGAGCCGCGACUGCACGCAAUCCCCUAUCCACAUAACUUACAACAUACAACUGUACCUUUACCGCAAGCAGAGCCGCUCUAGACCCUUGUAGAACUUAUCUUACAUCUAUCUUCCCGAUCCUCGAAUCACGAUCCGACCAAUCUGCGAACCUUGCUAACCCUGCCCACGCUGCCCUCCGUUGAUCACUAGCUCCCCGCUGCACAUCGGAAAGAAGCAGAAAGCACGACGACGACGAGCCGCCGUAAUGUCCGACGAACAACAACCGCAGCAAAACCCCCAGGCCAGCGGCGCCAGCUGGACUUCGUUCAUCAAGUCCAUCGCAUCCUUUAAUGGCGACUUAUCAUCCCUGACUGCCCCGCCCUUCAUCCUCUCCUCUACGAGUCUGGUAGAGUUCAGCUCGUAUUGGUGCGAGCAUCCGACUGUUUUCGCAGCACCCGCAGCAGAACUCGACCCGGCCAAGCGAGCUUUGCUCGUCCUGAAAUGGUUCUUGACUACGCUCAAACAGCAGUACGCAAGUCGAAGUGAACAAUAUGGAAACGAGAAGAAGCCUCUCAACCCAUUCCUGGGAGAACUAUUCCUCGGCAAGUGGGAAGAUGCCGCUGGCAUGACGGAGUUAGUCAGCGAGCAAGUCAGCCACCACCCACCCGCGACCGCAUAUAGCAUCACAAAUCUUCCCUCCAAAGUGCAUUUGGAAGGUUACAAUGCGCAGAAGGCGUCCUUCUCCAAGACCAUCUACAUCAAGCAAAUUGGGCACGCGGUACUUUCUGUGCCGGACCCCAACAAGCCGUCUACGAAUGACUUGUACAUUAUCACCCUCCCUUCCUUACAUGUCGAGGGUCUCCUGUUUGGCUCACCCUUCAUCGAAUUGGAUGGCGCUUCGUACAUCACGAGCAGCACCGGCUAUACAGCCAAAAUUGACUACAGCGGCAAGGGCUGGCUGUCUGGAAAGAAGAACUCGUUCACUGCCACCUUGUACCCAACCGGCAAGGAGAAGGAGGUACUCUACAACGUCUCGGGCCAGUGGACCAAGGCAUUCGAGAUUCACUCCGGAUCUGCCAAGCACAACUCGAGCAACAACCUAAUUGAUUCAUGGGACCCGACCAAUACGACGACUAGUAAACUCAUUGUAGCCCCAAUAGAGAAGCAGCACCCGUUGGAGUCACGGCGCGCGUGGGCCAAGGUCGCGCAGGGCAUUGCCAUCGGAGAUAUGAACAGUGUCGGCAAGGAAAAGACUAAGAUCGAGAAUGCACAACGAGCCAUGCGCAAGAAGGAACAGACAGAGGGACGCCAGUGGGAGCGAAGAUACUUUAAUGCUCUUGAAGGUCCCGAUACCGCCCUACAGAGUCUUGCUAAGAAUGUGGGACUUCGCGAGGAUGGUGACUCGGAAAAGACAGGUGGACUUUGGCGAUAUGAUGCAACCAAGGCAGACAAGGUGAGAGGGGAGGAACUCGCCGAUGAGGAGAAAGCCAAGUUGGCGGUAGAAUUGCUGGGGCAGUAAAUGCUGACGCUGCCGAGAUGGACUGACUGGGCGUACAUAUUCCAGGUGCAAAACCAGGUAUUAGAGAUACCUAAGAAGUACACCAAUUGGGAGUGGUCGAUUGGGCUGGAAGGCACACUGGCAAAAGUCUAUAGUUGUCCAGAUGGUCUAGAAUAUUUAAUCCUAUGUUGUUCAGGUUUUCA